AUGGCCUCAGACGUGGGACAAGAAAACAAACGCAAAGCAGAAGAUUACGAAGGCGAAGAUGGCAACGAUGAAUGGGUUGGUCCAAUGCCUAGUGAAGCUACUCAGCCGAAGAAAAGAAAAGUGCUUGAAUACGAACGAGUGUAUUUGGACAACUUACCGUCUGCGGCUAUGUAUGAGCGGAGUUACAUGCACAGGGACGUGAUCACACACAUUGUAUGCUCCAAGACAGAUUUUGUCAUCACAGCCAGUCAAGAUGGACAUGUCAAGUUCUGGAAGAAAAAAGAGGAUGAGGGCAUUGAAUUUGUCAAACACUUCCGUAGCCAUUUGAGUGUUAUUGAGUGUAUUUCGGUCAGUGCAGAGGGUGCACUCUUGUGCUCUGUGGGAGAUGAUCAAGCCAUGAAGGUCUUUGAUGUUGUCAACUUUGACAUGAUCAACAUGCUCAAGCUGGGAUUCCACCCUGGCCAGUGUGAAUGGAUUUAUAAUCCUGGUGACGCCAUCUGUACAGUAGCUUGUUCUGAGAAAUCAACUGGCAAGAUCUUUGUCUAUGAUGGAAGGGGAGACAAUCAACCCUUGCACACCUUUGAUAAGAUGCACUCCUCUCCUUUGACCCAAAUCCACUUGAAUCCAAAAUUCCGUGUCAUUGUUUCUGCUGAUAAAGCAGGGAUGUUAGAGUAUUGGACAGGCCUCCCAAAUGAAUUCCGGUUCCCCAGACACGUAGACUGGGAGUUUAAGACUGACACAGAUUUAUAUGAGUUUGCCAAAUGUAAAACUUAUCCCACCAGCCUGGCCUUUUCUCAAGAUGGUAAGAAAAUGGCCACUAUUGCCGCUGACAGAAAAGUGAGGAUUUUCCGCUUCCUGACUGGGAAACUGAUGAGGGUGUUUGAUGAAUCUUUAACAAUGUUCACAGAGCUUCAGCAAAUGAGACAGCAGCUACCGGACAUGGAGUUUGGCAGGAGGAUGGCUGUUGAGCGAGAACUGGAGAAGGUGGAUGGCAUUAGACUGACCAACAUUAUCUUUGAUGAGACAGGCCACUUUGUACUUUAUGGGACCAUGUUGGGUAUCAAGGUCAUCAACGUGGAAACAAACAGGUGUGUGCGAAUCCUGGGAAAGCUGGAGAACAUUCGUGUGGUGAAGCUGAGUCUGUUCCAGGGUGUGGCUAAGGCCAUCCAUGCUGCUCCAACCAUUGAGAUGAAGGCCUCAGAUAACCCAGCCCUGCAGAACACAGAUCCGGACCCCACCAUCUUCUGUACUGCGUUUAAGAAGAACCGCUUCUACAUGUUCACCAAGAGGGAACCCGAAGAUACUAAGAGUGCUGAUUCUGACAGAGACAUCUUCAACGAAAAGCCGUCCAAAGAGGAGGUCAUGGCAGCCACACAGGCAGAAGGACCAAAGAGGGUUUCAGACAGUGCCAUCAUCCACACCACCAUGGGAGACAUCCACAUCAAACUAUUUCCUGUGGAAUGUCCCAAAACGGUGGAGAACUUCUGUGUUCACAGCAGGAAUGGAUACUACAAUGGUCACAUAUUCCAUCGUGUCAUCAAGGGCUUCAUGAUCCAGACCGGAGACCCGACAGGCACGGGCAUGGGUGGGGAGAGUAUCUGGGGUGGAGAGUUUGAGGAUGAGUUCCAUGCUACCUUGAGACAUGAUCGGCCCUACACACUCAGUAUGGCCAACGCAGGCCCUGGCACCAAUGGCUCUCAGUUCUUUGUCACUGUUGUCCCUACUCCUUGGUUGGACAAUAAGCACACUGUUUUUGGAAGGUGUACAAAAGGAAUGGAGGUUGUUCAGAGGAUCUCCAAUGUUAAAGUGAAUCCAAAAACAGACAAGCCCUAUGAAGACAUCAGCAUCAUUAACAUCACCAUCAAAUAAACAGCAUCAUACAGGACUCCCU